GGCGCGCAAGGCAGAGCGGCGGUUCGGGCCGCGUCCGCCGCGGCCAGGCCCGGAUCGUCCCGUCCGACUCCCGCCAGUCUUUAGAGCCAACACAGCCAAGAUUUUCAACUGGAUUGGAUUUGUAUCAUAGCAGAAUGGUUUAUUAUGUUCUGUUGUUGGGGAUGCCCUGUUGCUGGUGAUGGGUGAGCCUGAAAAAACCACAGCUCAACUUGCACAUCUCUGGCUGCUGUUUAGCCUGCAGUCCAGAAGACAAGGGGUUCUGGCUGAUCAGGAGUAACUACUAACAAUUCAAGUUGGCUGGAGAAUGGAAGGUGUUGAGUUUAAGGAAGAAUGGCAAGAUGAAGAUUUUCCAAGGCCCCUGCCAGAGGAUGAUCCUGUUGACUCAGAUAUAUUGGCUGCAGCAGGAACAGAAGGUGAAACUGCAGUUAAUGGAACCAAAGUGAGGAAGAAACUUACAGCUCCAGAUAUUAGCUUAAAUUUAGAUCGCAGUGAGGAGUCUGUUUUGUCUGACUUGGAUGAGAGCGGAGACAUUGAUUUGGAUGACUUAGAUACUCCUUCAGAGAAUAGCAAUGAGUUUGAAUGGGAAGAUGAUCUUCCAAAGCCAAAAACUACUGAUGUAAUUAGAAAAGGAUCACUUACUGAAUAUACAGCAGCAGAGGAGAAAGAGGAUGGUCGACGCUGGCGUAUGUUUAGGAUUGGCGAACAGGACCAUAGGGUGGACAUGAAGGCAAUCGAACCGUAUAAAAAAGUUAUCAGUCAUGGUGGUUAUUAUGGUGAUGGGUUAAAUGCCAUUGUUGUGUUUGCUGUUUGUUUUAUGCCUGAAAGCAGCCAGCCUAACUACAGAUACCUAAUGGACAAUCUAUUUAAGUAUGUAAUUGGCACUUUAGAGCUACUAGUAGCAGAGAAUUAUAUGAUAGUGUACCUGAAUGGUGCGACAACACGGAGAAAAAUGCCAAGCAUAGGCUGGCUUAGGAAGUGUUACCAGCAAAUUGACAGACGGUUAAGGAAAAAUCUGAAGUCAUUAAUCAUAGUUCAUCCUUCUUGGUUCAUCAGAACGCUUCUGGCCAUCACAAAACCUUUUAUUAGCUCAAAAUUCAGCCAGAAAAUUAGGUAUGUCUUUACUCUGGCAGAACUAGCUGAACUCAUCCCCAUGGAAUACGUUGGCAUCCCAGAAUGCAUAAAACAGUAUGAAGAAGAAAAGUUUAGAAAGAAACAAACAAGAGUUGACCAAGAGCUGAAUGGAAAACAAGAGCAGAAAAGUGAACAGUAAGUUGAGAGACAGAACAAGACUGAAGAAUAUACAGAUGGAUUUAUGCUAUUUUCUUCAUUUAUGAUGCAUUCUUGUGUGUAUAUAUUACAUAACUUGUUGCAAGAGGUGCUUAACUUUAGACUGGCACACAAUGGACUCUUCACUGCUGUAUUGGUUUGUCUUGAUUUGAGUAGCUACCUUUGUGUAAUCCUUUUAUACGGCCAAAUGUCAAAGAACCCCAUGUUUAGAGGAUGUUCUUACAAUUGUUUAUCUAAAUGAUGCAUGUUCUUCAGUAAAAUAUUUAUAUAUCUAAAUGCUAAAGGAAAGAUAAUAUAUAUUUUUAUGACUUUGAGCAAUACGUUGUGUACCUGCUGAAGGAAUUCAUUUGCAGGUAGGCGAGGCCAUAAACUACUUGUUAUUGUAUAAAGCGCGUGAUCUGUUUCUGCUCUAAAUGGUCAAGUGCAUUUCUUGGUUGUCAGAGAAACCUUAAUUUGUUUGAAAAUUAACAAUCACAUAACGUAGUCUACUAUAUGCGUGGAGAUGCUUAUUUCUGUUCACACCUAAUACAAGCAGUACUCAUUUACCUCACUAGAGUGAGCUUGAGCUUUGUCUUGUAGUCCACUUCUCAGAACACAGAUCUGGAGUUCUCUGAAUUCCUGUCUGUUGGCCAGAGGGUUUAAGCCUAAGCUGCAGUGGAAACUAAACUGUGUAAGUGACUGAUAUCAGACCUGUGUAAAUUUAAGCUGCAAAUUUCAGAUUCUGCUUCAGUAAAUGAAGGCUAGUUCAGCUACAAGGAUGAAAUGAGUUUGUUCUGGGUUGUGUUGGUUUUGGUUCGUUUUUUUUUUUUUUGUGGAUAAAUAUCAGUUAUCACCAGUAAUUCUGGUUAUUUUUCAGUAGAGCUUGAGAGUGGCAUAAAUAUCUUACCCAUAAUAUCACUUGUGUGCAGAGAUUGGGGGACUCUUACUAUUACUGUGUCAUCCUUGUAAAUCAGCAUCCAUUUCUAAAGCUCUUGGCUUGGCACCUGAUAGUAGUAUUAACUUCACCAAAAAAAACCAACAAUAUAAAAGGUUUCCUCCUUAUCCCAUAAGGGUAGUAAAGUUGCCUAUAUAAAAAGCGUUCUUGGAUUCCAGGGCAACAGUUAGGCACUGACUGAUAGCCUGUAAAAGUUUGUGAAGUGUCUUGAGCAUUGCUGUUUUCUGUAAGGACAGAUGCACACAAAUGAAUCCAUUCAGGAGCUGAGCAAUUAAAUGUUUUAGCAAAUACUCAAUCUUCAGAUAUUUUGUCUUUAAAAUGUCAAUUUCAUUUAGUGUUAUACGUUUCUCUUGAACUUUAAAAAAAAAAAAAAAAUGCAUUCAACUAGAUUAAUACCUGGCAUGGAUUAGUGGCAGUCUAGCUAGUUCCAUGGUCAACAUUUAUUAAUGGCCACUUCAUGUAGAAUCUCUCUAAUGAUACACAUAAUGGUCUGGGAACAGAUACUCAUGUCAGAUAAAGAUGAACUGCCCAUGUCUCUGGGAGUUUGUCUGUGAUUCAGAGGCUUUCAUCUCAAGGUCUUGGUGCUUAUGCUACCUUCUGUAUUGUGGUUUCAAAGAGAUUAAUAUCUAGGAUGUUCUCUUUCAGGAGGUAAUAUUGAUUUCAAAUUGCCUUGAAUCUAUUACAUCAUGUUUGGAUCCUGCUUUGAAAGCAGAACACAAAUGUGAACGUUUCAUUUUAAGGCUUUUUUCCUCUUCCGAAUUUGAUGUUGACCUGGAUUAAAGUUAGUGAAGUGGACAUUUUCACAAUUUGUUUAAUGCUUCCACAAUGCAACACAUCUGAACAGACAAACCUGGAAACCAUCCCAGUCUUUGCUGAUUCUGUGUGAGUCCUAGGGUAGAUGCUAAGCAUUCCAAUCCACUCAUCUUGUUUCAAAUUCUUCCUAGUUCAAAGAAGUAUUCUUCUCAGUAAAGUCAUGUUUAUAAUGGAACAACUGAACUUCUGUGACUAUCUGUCCUUUCCCUCCUAUGUAUAUAUUGUCCUUUAGAGUAGACAGUCCUCUGUUUAGGGUGAAUUCUCAAAUGAUAAGAUUAUUGGUUGUUUUUUUUUUUUCUUCUGGUGGCUGAGUGGCUCUGCAGUUUCAUGUUGCAGUAGUACUAUUUCUUUUGGAAAUACUUCCCUAAAAGUCUGUUUCUUCAGUAUUAGUUUUUGUGAAUGAAUACACUGUAAAACAGUUGUUCUGUCCUGAAAAUAUACACAGCAUGAGAAUCUUGUGUACUAAAGAACGAUUCUCCUCUGACCUUUUCCAGCUCAUCAUUUAAUGAUGAGGGGGAUGUUUACAAAAAGCAGAGGUCCCAAAGUUAUCCUGAACUCGAAUUAACUUGUCAACUUUAUAUUUUUAAAUAUAUAGAAUAAUUUAAUAUAUUUUAAUAUUUAAAAACGUUGGAGUUAGAAUUUCAUACUUUAUUAAAGUUAUUUCUUUCUGAAUUGCUUUGUGAAAAGUAACAGUAUUACAGGGGGUUCACCUUAUGCACUUCUUCCUAGAGGUAGAAUUUGUGUUGCUGGAAUAUGUUUUGAGCUCUGCUGAUAGAAGUUGGAGUCACUAAUUCACCUUCAGUUUGGAGGUUUCAUGAGUUUGUGUGUAUGUAUAUAUACGUGCUAAUGGAUACCUUGUUAUUGCUGUGUGACACUGAAAUGGAGUUGUUUGAAAUGGUGAUCUCUGUAUGUGUGGAUGUGAGGUUGUAUAAAACAAGUUUUACAACGGGAGAAACAUUCAGAAGUGACAAAGGUAUUUUGGAGAAAGUGUCAUUAAAAACUGAUGUGGAUAGACUCUGGAUUGUAUAAGUACUCUUGAUGGUUUUAUGUAGCGUGGCAAAGCUGUGUUCUACUGGAAAGUAACAGUGAGGGAUCCAUAGAAAUUUAGUGCUGAAUCAUACAGAAAUCUUUUGAAGUUUUGGAAUUUUAAAAUACACAUUCUCAGUUCAGUUUAGAAUUUUCAGUUCCAUAAAGCUUGGAACUAGUUAGAGUAAUAUGUAACUUCUUUGUAACUUUAUGUAGCUUAGCAUAUUUCUUCUUCCUUUCCAGAGGACAAGUGAAGAAGAGUAUUUACUUGCUGUUAGGAACUGUGCAUUGAAAACAGUAGUUAUAUUCCAAAUUGCAUACAACUAGUCUUAGCUGGGUUAACAUGUCUUGCCAAGUUUCUUCCUUCACACACUUUAAUGCUCUAAUGGCAGAUUAGGAUGUUUCAACAGGAAAUUUGUGUCAGACUUCAAAGUUGGAUGAAAUGUUGGUGGUAAUGGGAUCUUAUGAAAUGACCUCACAGUGUGUCAAAAGGAGAAGAGGGCAUUAGUGCCUAGUUACAGCCUCACCAAUGUCAUAGACUGGAAAGUCUAAUAACUGUGGGGAAAAAAACAAUUGAACUAAAUCAUGAACAGAUGGUUUUAAACUAAAUCUGUAAUGAGCAGUAAGAUUCUUGGAGAAAGGUGUAUUUCAGUGUCAGACUUUAUUUGUGUAUCUUGCAGACUUAUAUUGUAUUUAUUAUGUAGAAAGAUGGCUUAAGUGCAUCUCUUACCCAAGCUGUUGUCUCUGAAGGUGACGUUAAUUCUCAAGUCAUUCCAGUCUCCCUUAAAAGCCUCAUGUGAGGAAGAGGGGGAAGGGAUAAUUGCUUGUGUGCUUUCAGUAACCACAGAAGACUUAGAAGGAUUUUGGAGAAAAAUAUGUAUUCAGUCCUUGUGGAUGCAGGUCAUUCUCGAGAGGAUUUUUUUCAUGCUGGUUGUUAAGUGUGCUUUAAUGAUACUUUUCAAGGAUACCCGAUUUUAGUCAGAGUAGCACUUUGAUAUAUAAGGAAUAUUUAAAUGUAUUUUGAAAGACAUUUUGCAGCUUUCCUAACAUCAGGAUUGUAAGUUGAACUACACUUUCUCCUGUCACCUCUUGUUCUCUACAUUCAGCUAACAGGAAUGAGGGCAGUUGUGAAGUAAAAGAGAGUGCAGUUCUGUUUGUGUUUUCAUCAUUCCAUCCAAGCAUGACUGAGAUGAAUUAAAAAGCUUUAAUUUUGCUAAACUAUUUCAGAUCACUUUUGUUUUGUGAUUCGGAUAGCCCAGAUUAUUUGUUUAAACAUUUUUUUUUUUCUGUUUUUUUAAAUUAUCUAAAGAACAACUGGCUUUUUCAAUUAAUUAAAAAAAAAAAAAGGGAAAUCUGUACCUUACCAUGGACCUUCCUCUGGCUUACUCAGGGCUGACUAUUAGUUGUGACAUGAAGUUCCACAUUAAAAUUUGUUCACAGAAGAUAAGUGUUUCAUUUCCCAGUGGCUCUGUAGUUCUGUGUUGCUUCUUACUCAGCAUCUGAACAAGGCCUGUAUAGAAAAAGGGAAGGAGCCCUUCAACGGGCUUAAAAAUUGUCUAUGAACGCAAUUAUUGGUCUGCACAGUGUGGUAAACUUGCAGUUUUUAACUAAAUGGAGCUGUAGCAGUCAUGCCAAACCAUGAAUCAUUCUAUAACCAGCUUAAAUAAUUGACUCUUAGCAGUCAUUGCAGACACGAUUGUAUUUUGCUUUGUCCCUUUUGUAUAAAGCUGUGUGAAUACAAGGCUCUUCACCUACCUCUUGUAUUAGUAUUCCUUCUUUUCUGUUUGCUUUCCAAGAUGUCACGGAGUAAUGUGAUGAACGUGUCUGACCGUGCCAGCUGUGAGCACUUAUCAGAACCUUUUAAUUAGGAAAAAGUAAAUGCUGAAUGCAAUAAAUAUUUUUGAAAGA